AUGAUUUCCUAUUCAUGUGUUGUUUGUUUUAUUGUUUUUGUAUUUCAUGUGAAGGCAUAUUCCAAAAAUAAGGUUCUUAAAUAUGCUAAACCAGGUUUUAUUACAAAUGAAAUUGAUAUAGGGGCGUACGCAAAGAGAAGAGGAAAAAGUAGACUAGGUAGUCUACACAACUACGGAUAUACUUCUACCAAGUCUCUAGAUAGCCAAAUUGAAGAAUUGAGAGAAAAGGUUGUAUCAAAAAAUAAAAACGAACCAGAAUUUCUUCAAGCGUUUGAAGAAGUAUUAUCAUGCUUAAAGCCAGUGUUUAAAAAAGACAAUGUAUAUAUAGGAGUAUUAGAAAAUAUAGCUGAACCAGAAAGGGUAAUACAAUUUCGAGUACCAUGGAUUAAUGAUAAAGGAGAACAUAAAAUGAAUAGAGGUUUUAGAGUACAAUAUAAUUCUGUAUUAGGUCCAUACAAAGGUGGUUUAAGAUUUCAUCCAACAGUUAAUUUAAGUGUUAUUAAAUUUUUAGGUUUCGAACAAAUUUUUAAAAAUAGUUUAACUACACUUCCAAUGGGUGGAGGUAAAGGAGGAUCUGAUUUUGAUCCAAAGGGAAAAUCAGAAAAUGAAAUUUUAAAAUUUUGUCAAUCAUUUAUGACAAAUUUGUUCAGAUAUAUUGGACCUAAUACUGAUGUACCAGCUGGUGAUAUUGGUGUAGGAGGUAGAGAAAUUGGAUACCUAUUUGGACAAUAUAAAAAAUUAAAAAAUUCAUUUGAAGGUGUAUUAACUGGUAAGAAUAUAAAAUGGGGAGGAAGCAAUAUUCGAGCUGAAGCUACAGGUUAUGGUGUUGUUUAUUUUGCUGAAAAUGUUUUAAAAGAUUUAAAUGAUAAUUUAGAAAAUAAAAAAUGUCUAGUUAGUGGAAGUGGUAAUGUUGCUCAAUAUUUAGUGGAAAAACUUAUCGAAAAAGGUGCUAUAGUUUUAACAAUGAGUGAUAGUAAUGGUUAUAUUCUUGAACCUAAUGGAUUUACAAAAGAACAAUUAAAUUAUAUUAUGGAUAUAAAAAAUAAUCAAAGAUUAAGAUUAAAAGAAUAUUUAAAAUAUUCCAAAACUGCCAAAUAUUUUGAAAAUCAAAAACCAUGGAAUAUUCCAUGUGAUAUUGCUUUCCCUUGUGCAACACAAAAUGAAAUUGAUGAAAAUGAUGCUGACUUGUUCAUACAAAAUAAAUGCAAAAUGGUCGUAGAAGGUGCAAACAUGCCAACACAUAUAAAAGCUCUACACAAAUUAAAACAAAAUAAUAUCAUUCUAUGUCCAUCCAAAGCUGCUAAUGCUGGAGGAGUAGCUGUAAGUGGACUAGAAAUGAGUCAAAACUCUAUGAGAUUGCAAUGGACACAACAAGAAACUGAUAUUAAGUUACAAAAUAUUAUGAAAAGUAUUUAUGAACAAUGUCAUAAUACUUCCAAAAUUUACCUGAACGAGUCAGAUUUAGUUGCAGGUGCUAAUAUAGCUGGAUUUUUAAAGGUAGCUGACUCGUUCCUAGAGCAAGGAGGUUUAUAA